AUGCCCACAUGGACUGGCAUCAUUGGAACCCCCCUCCAGUUCAAGCCUGUCCACCACGUUUACCAGAAAAAUAACGGUGCCACUGCCCGAUUCGAACUGGAUUGGGAUAAAGAACAAGUUUGGGUGGACGUGUCACAACCCGUGACAUUCGUCCUUGAGGCGAAUGAUGAAUCGGCUGGAGACGAACAUAGUGCUGUAGAACAAUACAACACGCCAGCACUAGAAUUGGCUGGGGAUGAACAUGGUGCUUUGGAACAAUAUACCCCAGCACCAGAGCCAGUAUCACCUAGUCGCAGUGGAUGGACGCAAGAUUUUCACUCGGAGAACACAUAUCAGGCUCAAGCUCGCAGUCCAGUUUAUGAGAAUCGACCCAGCCAGGACACUACGAACAGUCCACUCAACCCGCUGUCAGACAAUGUAUCUGCACUGACACUAAGAGAGGCAUCACUGAUGCGCCACUUUAUCCAGAAAAUAGCUCCCUGGGCCGAUGUUUGUGACAUCCAUUCACAUUUCAGCACCGAAGUCCCAAGACGGGCAUUGGAGAAUAACAUGGUAUUGCAAGCCAUCCUAGCUCUGUCUGCGAGACAUGAUGCCAUCUUGGCCAACGAUAGUGACUGGGAGGCCUCGGCUUAUCAUGGUCAAUGUUUGAAAUUGUUAAUCACAGCAUUGGAUGAAGCUGAGACAAGUUGUGACGAGAACAUGCUCAUUGCGGUCGUGAUUCUUCGUAUAUGCGAGGAGCUGGAAACUAACACUGACCAACAGUUUCACCUGCUUGGGUCCAAUCGUUUGGUGAAUCUCAUGACCCGCUCAGCGUCCUCUGGCGGGCUGGCGGAGGCAGUCAGCUGGCAGUUCUUGCGACAAGCUAUCUAUGCAUCGGUAGUACAGUAUCAACCUUUGCAACUCGACAUGCAUAAUUACGAGCGCUCGUCAAUGUUUCACCGCCACGACGACGCGGCUUGCGCAAAUAGAAUUAUCUAUCAUUGCGCUCGCAUCCUACAAGUAUGCUGCGAUGCGCCCGGACAUAUUGUGGCAGAGGAUACCUGGCGCCAAAUAUCGGACAGCGUGAACGAGUGGAAUCAAGCAAAGUCCACAACCUGGCAACCUAUUCGGUACCAAGCACCAAGCGUGGCUCAUGGUCGGCCUUUCCCUGUGAUAUGGAUGAUAUCCCCGCCGGCAGUGAUCGGAAUGCAGUAUUAUUACUCGGCAUGUAUUUUCCUCACCUUGUCUGAAUCUUCAUCGCACAAUAUGAGCGAUUACGAAAGGGCCCGUACAAGGCGUGUGCAGGAGGUAGUCAAACCAAAGCUCUGGGAAAUUAUAUUCGAAGGCUGA